AUGGCGGCCUUAUCAGCAGAGGGGGUAAGGAGAAUCUGUGAGCUUCAGAGGGAAGAAGGGCGCCAGUGCCUGAGAGCGCUGCUGCGAUGGAAGGAGUUUGAUGAUGUUGGGGACCUGAGGCGCAGCAUAGAGCUCGACAGCAUUUACAGCAGCAUUGUGUUCGCUGUGGAGAAAGGGCUGUCCUGGCCUGCAGUCGUGGAAGCGGGAAAGCUUGCAGAAGAGCUGCUGAACGACACCAAAGGUUUGUCUGUUUCUCAGGCCAUCUGUGUCCUAAGGGAUAAACUCGUGGCAUGUGAGCCAAAGCUGAGUCCAUUCAAACCGUGUGUCUUGUGUGAAUACUUCUAUCACACGCUCAUCAGGCACUACCAGCUCUACCAGUUUGUGCUAUGUCGGGAGAGAGACGUUGAUCAGACGUCUGCCCACCUAGAAAUCUGUGUGCCACCACAGCCUCUGCCACUGACGACAGGCGUUGAUGCUGAAGUCUGGCACUAUCAGCAGCAGCUGGCUGCCCUCUCAGCCGCUGAGGUCCAAAAACGUACCAACAUGCUGCUCCUCCGAGAGACGCUACACCGGGAGAGGGAGCAUAUGUUGCAAAGAGCAUAUCAUGAUCUGCAAUCGCGAGCAGAGAUCCUAGACAGACAGAUUUUGGAUACCCUAGUGAAAGAAGUGAUCGGGACCCAGAUCCAAGCUCUCCGUGAGAUCCUGCAGACUGAGAUCCAGACCACCUUCGAGAUCCUGGACCUGAGACUCCAGAAGAGGGCCCUGAUCCUGAACCCUCCUGUCCCUUACCCCCCACCCCCCCUUCUUGAAGAACGAGCAAAGAAGUCAACCAAAGCUCAGCUGCAGAAAAAGAAGAAGUGA